AUGAGAUACUGCCGAAGUUUCUUCUUGACGGCUCGAUAUGACGAAUUCCAAUUUGUUACGUUCCAGUUGUAUUUAUUGGUAGCCGCCGUCUGCGAGGCGAAAAGAAUAUCGAGAGAAGUGGAUUAUGUACAUUUUCCAAAUUUCCGGACGGUUUACCACGGCCGUGGUGCUACCAGUUAUCAAAACGUGCAGGUUGAUAAUCACGAUAGUAUACAAGUGCCCACGAAUUAUAUAGAUCAAGCGGAGAUUCAGGAUUUGGGACACACACAUCACCAGGCAGUGAUCGUUCCGAUCGAAGAGCCUCACAAUGACGUACAUUUCGAUGUAGCUGAUUCAGAGCCUUACGAGGAAUUUACCGUCGCUGAUGUUGAGCUCAAAUCCGACGUGCUGGAGCACUAUUUCAAUCACUACGACGAUGAACAUGACUACGAUUUUCAUUUGCAAAAAUGAUUUACAAACCAUCAUGCUCAGAAAAGCAUUAUUAUUUUUCCUUCCGUUAUUUCUAUUAGUUAAUAGGUAUUAAAAUCUAUAAUAAUGAAAAUCUCAGGUAUUAUUUAGAUUUGCCGUGUAUUACCAAGUAAUCGAUAGAAAUUCAAUGUAGAAUAUGUUUCCAUGUCGUCAUUAAUUGCUGCGAAAUUGAUUAUCCGUAAGCCAAAAAUAUAAGAAAAGAGAACUACGAAGUGAUUUGCAAUCUUUUUAUUUCG